CUUAUCUCAAACCCGACAGCUGUGUUUCUUUCUUCGUAGAACAAAAACAACGAAGUGCAAUUUAUUUAAAUCAUAAAUUCCAUUAAUCUGAUAUAAUUCUUGAAUUUUCAGUUCACUUUUAUUAGUUUCCCAGUGAAGUUCUUUGUUUCUUAAACCCAAUUUCAAUAUGUCCACCUACCAAAUGGGACCCCAAACCCAUGCAGUGCCAAUGAGCCUGUUCCGCGAUAAUCGCAAUCGUGUCAAAUCGGCCCUCUGUGAAUCCCAAAAAUUCGAAAGUCGCACUUUUGUAUUGCUUGAAGGUGGCAAGGAUGUUAGUUUCAACGACACCGAUGUGGAUUUUCAUUUUCGCCAGGAAUCAUUCUUCCAGUAUAUGUUCGGAGUGAAGGAACCCGGUUGUUAUGGUGUUGUCAGUCUUGACAAUGGUGAGUCAGUUCUUUUUGUUCCACGUCUACCCGAGGAGUACUCCGUGUGGAUGGGUCAUUUGCACACUUUGGAAGAAUUCAAAUCCAUGUAUGAAACCGAUAGGGUUCUUUAUUGUGAUCAAUUGGAUGAAUUCUUCAGCAAGGCAAAUCCAUCGCUGAUUCUGACUUUGAGCGGAGUGAAUUCGGACAGUGGUCUAUCUGCGAAACCAGCAACGUUCCCUGGAAUUGAGAAGUACGUUCAGAACUGUGAUAUUCUUCAUCCAAUCAUUGCUGAAUGUCGAGUCAUUAAGUCGCCAGAAGAGAUCGAAGUUUUGCGAUAUGUUGCAAAGGUCUCCUCCGAUGCCCACAAGCAAGUCAUGUUGAAGAUUAAGCCAGGAAUGACCGAGUACCAGGGAGAGAGUGAGUUCCUGCAUCAUUCGUACUCGGUCGGUGGAUGCCGUCACACUUCGUACACCUGCAUCUGUGGCACCGGGUUGAAUUCCUCCGUCUUGCACUAUGGCCAUGCUGCAGCUCCCAACAAUCGAGUGAUUCGUGAUGGUGAUAUGUGCCUCUUCGAUAUGGGUGCCAAUUAUUGUGGCUACGCAGCCGACAUCACAUGCAGCUUCCCAGCCAAUGGAAAGUUCAAUGACGAUCAGAAGUUGAUUUACAACGCUGUCCUCGAUGCCCGAAAUGCUGUCCUAAAGGAGGCUCGAGAGGGAGUGUCUUGGGUGGAUAUGCAUAUGUUGGCCAUUCGUGUGAUGCUUCAACGUCUCAAGGAAGGAGGCAUUCUCAAAGGCGAUGUCGACGAAAUGAUAGCCGCCGGACUUGGGGCUAUCUUUCAACCACAUGGUUUAGGUCAUCUAAUUGGUUUGGAUGUCCAUGAUGUUGGUGGCUAUUUGAAAGGUCAACCGGAGCGUCCAACUGAACCAGGGGUAUCCCGGUUGCGAUUUGCCCGAGUCCUCAAGGCCAAUAUGUAUGUGACCGUUGAACCUGGUUGUUAUUUUAUUGAUUGUCUCAUGGACAAAGCUCUAGCUGAUCCCAAUAUGAAUAAAUUCUUAAAUAAUGAGGUGUAUGAACGUUUCCGUAAUUUCGGUGGUGUUCGAAUUGAGGAUGAUGUUUGGAUUAAGAAAGAUGGCUGCGAAAACUUCGCUAUCGUACCACGAACGGUUGCAGAGAUUGAGGAAUUCAUGAGCGGUCGUUGAAAUUGGAAUACCAAAAGAGAGUGAUUGUUAUAUUAUUCGAGUAUCUAUUAAGUAUUAAUAUCGUUAUCAUUUGUAUGUUACCGUUAUAUCAUUUAUACCAAGAAUUUAUAUAAAAAUAAUAAUAAAGGAAAAUAUUUGUAAAGGAUUAAA